GUGAAGAAAGCAGAAUUAAUUAAAUUAGUUGCGUCAAGAGAGCGUCCUCAUUACGCGGCGGGAUUCUUUGUUGACUCUCUGAAAUAUUCAUGACAUCACAUGUUGGUAUAUAACAGACAGGGACUGAAUGAUUGCACGAAAAGGUAACGCAGAGAAGUGAAGGGAAGCUAACAAGACUUGUUCCAUCAAUUGGGCUACGGAGCCGUUUGGCCACAAGGUGAUUUGUAGCACCAGUCGUGAGCCGAGGGGUCGAGCCAAAGCGCGGUCAAUCAUGAAGACGAUCUGUCUGCUCUGUGUCACAUUGAUAGCGGAGCUGACCAAUGUACGAGCAAGGACAUUACAAGAACAACAAAAAGUUACCUCGAAGGAGGUUAAACUCGAAGGCACCAUAGAACACUUUCUGAAGACCCAAAUUGCGGAGAAUCUCAGUAAAUUGGAAGGACAUCAUACAAAUGAUUACUUGAACGAAUUCCAGCUUGCGAAUGACGAAAAAAGAGGUUUCGGUGAUAAACGGGGAUUCGGAGACAAAAGAGGUUUUGGAGAUAAACGGGGGUUUGGUGACAAGAGGGGGUUUGGAGAUAAACGUGGUUUUGGAGACAAAAGAGGUUUUGGAGAUAAACGGGGAUUUGGUGACAAGAGGGGGUUUGGAGAUAAACGUGGAUUUGGUGACAAACGAGCAGGUGACAAUGAACACAUAUUUGGCGUAACAUCGGAUGAUUUAGACUAUUUGAGAAUGUUAACAAGAUUAUUGCUUAAAGAAGAACAACUUUACGAUGAGACGAAAAAUUCAAUCAAUCACAAACGGGACGGUGUGCCAUUUUCGAACGCCUAUACCACAUAUUUGUCAUCCAUGAUUGAGAGACGUGGAUUUGGUGAUAAAAGGGGAUUCGGUGAUAAAAGGGGAUUUGGAGAUAAGAGGGGAUUCGGGGAUAAGCGUAACUUGUUUACCGCACCUAGAUAUAGAUCUAUGGACCAGAAAAUUAUAACAUUACUCCACAAACUAGAAGCAAAUCUGUUCAAUACACCUACCUUAAAAGAAUCACUUGCAUCAAAUAAAGAUCAACAUCUUGCUGAAACAUUUUAUGAAGAAUCUUUGGAAUCUGAUGAUGGGCAAACUCCAGCAUCACAGAAGAGGGGUUUUGGAGACAAAAGGGGUUUUGGAGACAAACGCGGUUUUGGAGACAAACGAGGUUUUGGUGAUAAAAGGGCGUUACGUAACCAAGGAGCGUUGGGUUUGGAUUAUUCUGACAAGUAUGAAAAAUGAAAAUAUUGCGGCAAAAAUAUGUUUGUUUGUUUUUUGCAAAGAAUAGUAAGAUAAAUGAGACCAUUACAAUCACGAAUUUAUAUGUACGAUUCUAAUCGACUAUACCUUAUCUUACUUUGGAGGAAGAAAUAUGGUACCCAUUUUGAAAAAAGAAAUGCUUGAGACACGCAAAAACAGUAACUGCAUGUUACGGGUGCAGAUAUCUGCCUCACACGAGAUCAUGAGUUUCGUUCUUCGGCCUGUCGAACAUGUGAAUGAGAACCACACAUGAUCAUUUGAUCGCAACGAGAAAAGAAUUGUGUGAACCAGGCCAGUUGUUUUAAUUUUCUGUUUCGUUUCUGUUUGAAUUGAGAUACUACUUGAUUUAUCGGUCUCGAAAACGACACUUUAAAUGAAAGCCAUUGCUUCCCAGUCAUCAUUUAUGUAUAGAAACCACAUCCACAAUUAUUUUGCAUGCACGAUUCUUUAGGCCACGAAAAACAUUAAGAUAUAGUUUGUUUCAUAAAUAAUGGACUUUGUUAAUAUAAGGCUCCAUCGUUAUAGAUGUAUAACCUUUUACAUUUAUUGAAAGAACUUUCGAUACAAGCACCUAUUAGCCGAACUUUUAUCUAAAUACCCAUUGUCUUAUAAGUGAGUAAUUCGGGGAUCACGCAUUGAAUGGCAAAGUGAAGAGCAAUGUUCCGGUUUUAAAUGUCAAUAACAAAAAUGAUUACGAUUUUCACUUUCGCUCUACUUUAAAAGUGUUCACUUGUACAAAUUUCACAAUUGGAUCAGAAAUAUAUUUCACAGUCACUAAAUCUAUA